GUCCACACGAUGCAUGACGUGCCCGUCCCUAUAAAUCGUUGCAUUGCAUCGUACCAUAUGCAUGAUUCCUACUCCUAUCCUAUCUCUCGCCAAGUAAAGCCUGCUGAUCGAGCACAAUUGCAAUUGAUUUGCAACUAAUAACCCGCUGUCACACACAGCAAGAACACAGAGCAGCAACUGCAAUUAAUAACUAGCAGCUAGAGGAUCGAUAGAUUAUCCAUCCAUCCAUCGACCGACCGAUCAAAUCAAAGAGGAUAUAUACACUAUAUACACACAUGGCGGCGCCACGGAGCGUGAGCGUGAGGGUGGCGGACCGCGCGCUGCGAGGCGUGGCGGACCUGAUCAAGCUGCUGCCGAGCGGCACGGUGUUCAUGUUCCAGUUCCUCUCCCCGCUGGUGACCAACAACGGGCACUGCGCGCUGGCGCUCAACAAGGUGCUGAGCGGCGCGCUGGUGGCGCUCUGCGGCGCCUCCUGCGCCUUCUCCUCCUUCACCGACAGCUACGUGGGCGCCGACGGCCGCGUCUACUACGGCGUGGUGACGCCGCGGGGCCUCCGCACCUUCGCGACCGACCCGGACGCCGCCGCCAGGGACCUGUCGCCGUACCGCCUCCGCGCGGGGGACUUCGUCCACGCCGCGCUGGCGCUGCUCGUGUUCGCCGCCAUCGCGCUCCUCGACGCCGACACCGUCGCCUGCCUCUACCCGGCGCUCGAGCUCAGCGAGCGCACCAUGAUGGCCGUGCUCCCGCCUGUCGUUGGUGCCGUCGCCGGGUACGUGUUCAUGGUGUUCCCGAAUAACCGCCAUGGCGUUGGGUACCAGCCCACCACCGCCACCGAGGACUUCCAGCACAAAUACUAGCCGGCCGGCCGGGCGGUUGGUUUGCAGCGUAUAGUCUCUGUCUCUGGUCUCUGUUCGAAUGCGUACGCGUGGCCGGCGGGUCUCAAAAUCAAAAGAGUCGCGGGACUCGAGGCAAAGUGUGUCUUUGCAUUGUCUGAUUUAUUUGCUUGGUGGUAUGGUGUGGUGUGGUGUGGUGUUCAUUUGGGUUUAAUUUAUUUGUUAUCAGGUCUGUUUGUAUAGAUUGACUGAUAUACGGUGGAUAUGAUACAUGCAUAUGGUUGCGCGGCGCGCCACAAUGUUCCA